AAAUGCAUUAGAUAUGUUUUUCAUUGUUCUUCAAAUCCUCAACAAUGUCAAAGUAUAAUGAUAUAAUUCAUAGUAUAUUAUGUAGCGAGCUUAAAUAAUUUUUCUUCGAGUCAUAAGAUAGGAAAUGAAAAAUCAAGUAGUCGUUGUUAACUUCAGAGUCAUGGCAUACACAGGGAUACUGUAUAUAGUUUUAGUAUUUUCUGUGUGGUUGCUUAUACGGUUGACUAUUGCAUGCUUUAGGUUACCAUCUGCAUUAAGCGCUACUCAAGAAACGUUAAAAGAAAAUGAAAAGGUUAUAAAUAAUUACCAAAAAAACGUUACUUCAAAUGAACUCAUCGAAAAAUCAAAUUCUAAUGAUGAUAUAUUAUGUUCACAAGAUUAUCAUGAAAAAAUUUCUUAGUUUUAAUUAUAAAAAAAUUAAUAGAAGGAAAUAGGUAUUAGCAAUUAAAAUUGGCUUUAUUCUACUCUUUCUUAUUUGAUUUUUUAGCUUUAUUAUGAAAUGUUUAAUAGUAUUUUUUUAUCACUUUCAAAUUUGUCACAUUUAAGCUAUUAUAAAGUUAUUGUUUCUUAACUACUUAAUAAUGAUUAUAUUAUUAAUGUAAUACUAUAAAUUAAGUAUUAAAAAUGCAUUAUAUUCUGUAAGAUUAAAAAAAUAAUUUUACUUAUUAUUUAUAAUAAACGAACAAAAAGGCGUAAUUACGAAGGUUACCGGGUUAAAACCACUACUCAGAAUUAAAAAAAUAUGAUUUCAAUAUUACUAGAAGAGGAUAAAAAAAAUUUCUUAUGUAAAAUCCCAUCCAGGAAAAAAUCUAAGAUAAGAAUAAAAAAAAUGUUAUUGGUAAAAAAUCAUUCAGGACUAUAAAGAAAGUAUAGUACUAUUGGUGAUAUGUUGUCACAAUAGUUAAGUUAUAAAAUGUCAUGAUUUAAAUUUAAAACUAGAGAAACAUGAGCGCAACAAGAAAAACAUUUUUAGGAAUCUUAUAGCAUUUUCUUUUUUUCUAAAAAAAUGUGUAUAUGACUAUGAACAUCAUUUUUGAGUCCCGUUAUAAUUAGUAGCUUAUUGUUUAAAAUGAUAUUUUUAUGCAUAAUACUCUUAAUGAAAGAUAAAUUAGUUUAGAUGUAUAUAUUGGUCAUAAAAAUAGAACUCGUGUUAAAAAAAUUAAUAUUGAGUUAAUGACCUAAGCCCUUUAAUGGGCUAAUCUACAAAUAUGGAGGGCGUAAUAAUAUUUUCCAACAAACAUGUGUUAUAAUGUUUAAUGAUUUUUUGUAAAUAUUUUACUCACAGUUUGAGUAAAAAAAGUUAUCUAAAAUUUUUAUAACAAUAUAUCUUUGUUGAUGGAAGAGCAUGUCUCUAUGUCCCAUUUAUUCUAAAUUCAGGUGUGGAUGCAAUAAGGUCCUAUAUAGGAACAAAAAUCCUCAAAAUAAGAAUUAUUUUUUAAACAAAAUAUUUACCUUAUAAAAUUAGUCUUUAUUUAAAAUAAAAUAGCGAAAUGCCCCACCCCCAAAAAAAGUUCAAAUAUUGGAUCUGCCCCUAUCCAAAUACACCAAUUAGUGGUAUAUUAUUAGAUUGAGUAAAGUUAGUUACUGAGAUAAUUUGAGAUUCAUUUUCAUUCUAUAAGUAUUUAAAAUGGAAACAGGCCAAUUGUUACAAUAACAAUAGAAACCCUUUUCCUGACUUUUUGAAUAUUCUGAAUAUUAUUUUAAAGAUAAAAAGUUCAGAAACCCAAAGGAUAUAUCAGCCUUAAAUAUUAUUUAUUUAUUAAAUAUUAAACAGGACUUGCAUAAAAAUGAUUAGAAAUGUGCAUUUUUAUGUAUUAAAAGUAAGUAUUAAAAAAUGUCAAAAAUAUGCAUUACAUGAAUUAAAAUUAGUUAUUGAAAAA